GAAGUGCAACAAAACACAGCUGGGCUGCUGCCGCUCCAUGAACUGAGAGUCAGAGACCUUCUUUUGUUUUAUCAGUUGAUGCUCCCUUCGCCUCUGUCGGCCUGUCACCUCUGCCAUCACUGAGAGCGGGAUGCAAUUCAAUAUGGCACUACUACAGAUUUUUGCGGUCCUCCUCCUGCCAACAGCGUGGGCGCAGAGCAGCAGCAGGCUCGGUGUGGUGGUAGAAGCCAAGAACAUCACCCUCCCUGUGGGGUCUAAGGCUGUCCUGCCCUGUCACAGCCCCCGCAUGGUGUGGACCCAGGACAAACUGAAGGACAGGCAGAGGGUGGUGCACUGGGACGUGGUUCGCAGCAGCCCUGAAUACUCUAUGGAGCGAGUCCUGGACAUGUCACCAGGAGCCAAACAGAGGGUCUACAACAGCUUCAACAAGGGACGUAUCUCCAUCCCAGAGUCUGCUUUCAAUGAUGGAAACUUCUCCCUCAUCAUCAACAACGUGGUCACAACAGACAGAGGAGUUUAUACCUGCAACCUGCAUCAUCACUACUGCCAGAUCCACCAGUCCAUUCAGAUCCAGCUCAAUGUCACUAAAUCAGCUCGGAAAGAAAGGCGUUUCUGGGAUGGAGAGAAAACCGUCUUCGUGGUCUUGCUUGGCAGCUCAAUCGUGUUGCCCUGUGUGAACCGGCGCCCCCUAUGGAGGGAGGGUGCCCAGGAGGACCAGCAGCAGGUGGCUCACUGGGACUUCCAGCCCCCUGGAGUGCGCCCUGACAAAGCCGAUCGCCUUGUGGACCUCUACGCCUCAGGGGAGCGACGGGAUUAUGGACCCCUCUUCGCCCAGAGCAAGAUGAAAGUAGAGGAGGACGCUUUCACUUUUGGGGACUUCUCACUCUCCAUUUCUGACCUGAGGCCUGUCGACAAAGGGUUGUACUCCUGCCACCUUCAUCACCACUACUGCGGUCUGAGCGAGAGACGAAUCUUCAGGCUCACUGUGACGCCCGUGCUCUCACCUGACCCCUCUAUAGCACCCAGAAUUUCCCUGAACGACAAUCCAGAGCCAAGGAUUGAAGAGUCAGAAACUUCCCGUGUUGUCACUGUCAUCCUGCCUGAGCAUCGAAGUUAUUUCUUGCAGCAUUUGGGCUACUUCCUGGCAACUUUCUUACUGCUGGCAUUCAUCGUUGUCGCCGUUGUUGUGCUGACCCGACGGCGCAGAAAGAGAGGGAUGGAGUAUGAGUUUCGUGGAUCUGAUCGCAGAAGCAGGAUGAGUGAAGGGGAAUUGUCUUUAGAUUGCACAGAGCUGAAGGCCUGUAACCAUGCUCCUAUGAAUUCAGACUACAAAAACAACCUGCUGAAAGAGAGAGAUAUGACCAAAGACUGCAAUAACGACUUUGAAGGAAAGCUGUGGAAGUGAGUAUGAUUUUCCUGAGCUGCUGGCAGGUCCAGAGCAAACACCAGAAGAGUAAAAGGGACUGAGAAGAGAAGGAGGAAACCCAGGAGAGGACAGGAGGAAAGCUCCCUCUGCUGUAACUGCAACACACUAAGCUUUUUCACUAAAAGCCAUCAUAAGUUUUUACAUGUUAAUGUUUUAUAUCACUUCAGCAGCUGUUAUUAAAAUAAGGUUAUACAUACAGUAUAAUGUAUUCUUACUUUUUGCAUUAAUACUUUUUAAAUUUUAAUUUUAGACAUAUUUUUUGUUUGUUUCUAAUUUUUCUCCUUUUUUUUUUUUUUUUUUUACAAAAAUGCAUGCAGUUUGUUUAACUAUGUUUUGAUUAUACUUUGAAUGCUUACAGGGCUGCAUCUGAUAUUUUUUCCUUUUUGCACAAACUGUACUUUAAUUUGCACAGGUAUUCAUCAUGAAUCACUUUGAAAAAAUACUGUAUGAAGACAGUGUUUGGUGGCACACAUUUUCAGCAUUUUCCGAAAUAAUGGCACCCUUACCCUUUAAAAAACUUCAAGAUAAGAAAUGUUUUAUAAAGAUUUCAGUGACCUAAACUUUUCUCCAUUUAUUUCCCCUUCAGAAUGACAUUUACUGUAUAAAAUGAAAAAUAAUGAAAUUUUGGGACUAAAGGCUCAGUCAACCAAAACUCAGGAAGAAGAAAAUCUGUUUCUAGUGGGUACUUCAGGACUCUGUUUGCAUCAGGCGUGUACAAUGAACCACAUUUAUAAAAACACUGAAUCACGACUAAAUCUGCUGGUCAAUAACAUGUUAAAAACUGUCUGGCUAUUAGCUGUAGGAGGUUUACUGCAGGAGUAUCUACUGUCUCAGUUAUGCUUUAUCAAGAAGUGUAAUCUUAUCCCCCUUUAUUUUCUCUUUCUCUCUUGCACUCUCAUGUUUUUUUUCUAGAAAAUAUUUCUCCUAAUAAAGAUUCAGAACAGUG